UCCUCCGCCCGUCGGAGCCCCGCCUCGGCUGCAGCCGCGGUGCGGGAGCCCCGGUAGGUGCGGGCGGGGGGAGGCGAUGCCAGUCUUCUCUGCCGCCCUUCGCUGCCGUCGGGGCGGGCUGCCGGCCCCAGGCCCCCGCUGGAGCUGGAGCUGGGCGCGGAGCGGUCACCGGGCUUCUGCGAGGCGGGAGGGAGAGGGAACAGCUUCUAGGCCGGCUCCAGCCCCGGCCCUGCUUUUGCAGCUGAAAUCCUCGUUCUCUCUCACGAAUUUGUCUGUACGUGCACGCAGUGGCAAAGAGUAUUUCAGCUCUUGAGGGAGACAGGCCUAUAAAUCGCGGUGUGGCUUCAUCAGAAUUCAGUAAGUUAAGUCAGAGUUUGCGGGGUAUGCUCCAGUAUAAAUCACCACGUGGCUCCUGCUUGCCUUCCUUACCAGUUAGAAUUUGACUAUGGGAGUGCAGUUCCUGCGGAAGACAUCCGUGUGGUUCAAGAAACACAAGAUCACCUUGUUGGCUACUUCUUGCGUGGGACUGUUUGGCGCUAACCUUUCCUAUCAUGUAUUUCCUAAGCAGACGUUCAAACUGUUGCAUGAGUGCUGGUCAGAUGGGCAGCCAGCUGAGCUUUCUCAGAGGCUCAGUGCUGUUUUUCAGGAUGUCCUUCAAGAUACUGCAGUGAAGUCCACCAACUACCAAGCCUUUGCAGCUUCUGGCUUCCACCCGGUCAGUGCUGGAAUCCCCUGGCUGCCUUCAGGUUCUUUGGUGGGCAUCCCUCCUAAUUUUGAUAGCACAAUUGAGGAUAAAAGAGGAAUAGUCAAUCAUGUUGUUGUGAUUGGUGGCAAGGAAGUAGACUGGGAAAGCAAUGAAGGUGUUGCUUUGAAGGAAGCUCUGACAUUUUCACUUGAAGCACAGAAGUUUGCACUUGCCAGAGAAGUUGUGUAUUUGCAGAAUGGCAGCCCGUUAGCGAGUGCAGCUGUGGCUCCAAUGUGCUUAGCUGGUACAUGUCUCUGUGGGACAGGUAUAAAGAUAGCUCUGGGUCUGUAUUCUGGCCCCAGGGUACUUCGCAGCAUCUGUAACCUCAUAAUUGCUGCCGCUGGACUAAUCCUCUAUUACAUUUCUUAUGAUGCUAUGACCUAUCACCUGGACUGCAAGGCUGACAGAAAUGCAGCUACUGUAUCCAAAGACUAUGCCAAAGGUGGAGUGGAAUUUUAUGACAAAAUCCUGUCCCGCAACAGGAUUCUUCGUGCUCUGAUGGGCAAAGAAGGGACAAAAAUAUAUGCCCCAAGUGGUAACCUUUUCCCAAGGCACUGGUUCAGAAUAAAGUAUACCCCAUACACUUACCGAAGAGAUUUAAUUGUUAAUAUUUUAAAAGAGCUCCAGGCAUAGGAAGGGAGUGCUUGAAUUUUAUACUUGUAAAUUAUGUAUUCUCUUUGGAACACUGCUGUGCUGGUUUUUUUUUUUUCCUUCUCUAUGUCUUCAUUAGAAUUUUGGGGUUUAUUUUUGCAUAUAGUUUGGAAGGAGUUAUUGCACAUUCCGUGAAUAAAGAAUUCUCUCUUAAAAUAUUAAAGAGUUGCUUCAAAAGUGCUCCGCUCUGUGUGCAUCUUAAAUCACAAGACCACUGAGGAAAGGAGCUGCUCAGAUGCUAAUCUGGAACUUGUGCUGUUCUGCUCCCCCUUACUGCCAGUUUCAGGCUGGAAAAUGGCAAGGGUAAAGUCAGAGUUUUGGGAUCAUUGUCAUUUAAACAUGGGUAGUGUUGUGAAUUUUUGCCAUUCCUCUUAUGCUAUAGCAGUAACAUGUUGAAACGACUGGGAGUCUGUGUUGUGCAGUUACAUAAACACUGAGACACAACACUUAUGCCCUGUGUAAGUUCUUAGGCUGUGUAAAUUCUUACACUACAAUCACUAUUCUUCAGUAGGGCAGGCGAAUUGUGCUGCCAUUUACACAAAUACAGCUAAAUUACUACUGCACCUGUAGCUUAAAUCUGGUUUCAUCAGGAUGUCACUGUGACUGCAGAGAGGAUGAGUGUCCCAACAGCAGGAGUAUGAAACCAACAUCUGCUGUAAGUUGGGUGUUUUCUCACAAGUGGGAUCAUGCUGUUCAGAAGAGGAAUUUCAGUUUGCUUUGGUAUGGCUUUUGUUUCAUUUUAAAAUACAUCUUGUUUUUUGUCAACUUUUAUGUUAAGGAAUAAAGACAAGGUCAAAGAAAUAAGUCUCUAUCCAUCACAAUAAUAAGUCUUGCCAAUGUUUACUCAAAGUAUCACCAAGUUCUGUUUUGCUUUGAAUCGGGUAUUGACAUAAAGUUGAUAUACUGACAGCUGGGGCACUGGUGUUGCUUUACACUGCUUAAGUUGUAUCUCUAAGUUGUUUGGGUUUCUGCUGUGUGAUGGGUAUUUUUCUGAACCAUUUCUGAUCACUCGUGUUUGUCCUUGAAGCAUCAAGUCAUGAGAUGUCUCUUAGAUUCUUUCUGGCUAUGGGACAUAAGUUUAUUGUUCUCUUGACCUUUCUGAAAGAGUUUGGCAGAAUCUCCUGUUCUGUGGAAUAAAGAGACUUUACUUUCAGGCUCAGGUUUUCAAAGCUCCAGGCUAAAUUUUGUCUUUUCUUCCAGGUAAAUCCAAUAUAAAAGGUCAAGAUAGAGUUUUGCUGGUUUAGUAAUGUAGUGGCUGGAGGCUGGAAUAUAAUUCCUGUUUUAUGUAGUCUGUGAAUUCAAUUCAUCUUCAUGCUACUCCAUUAAGUCUGAAUUCCAUUAAAUAACACAGGAGAGAACUUGUCCCACUUCUUUGGCUUAAGGAGUUGCUGCUACAUAAAGAGUGCAGAGAGGAAAUAGAAUCCUUAUUUGAGAUUUACAGCGGUAGCAAUUUAAAGCAAAAUUUAGUUUAAAAAACCAACCAGUCCUUGCUGCUCUUCAUCAGGGCGCCUGCAGCUAGUGCUGUUAUUUGACAUUCUCAGGCUGUAAGGCCCAGUAAUGCUAAUGGAUUUUGCAGUUGUGCUCUUUGCGUUACUCUUCCAGCUGGAUUGUCCAAGCGGCUCCACGUAUCCAUAGGUUCUGUGUCAGAUUUAGCCUUUUAACUUGCUGUUGGUGUCAGUGUGGGAUUGCAGGCUAGUUGUUCUGAGACAUGCUCUCUUGCCUUCUUAAGAGAUGUGCUUACCAAGGGCUUGCGAACCUGGAUCUUUGUGUAGUUAAGCUCCUAUUCUAUAGCCAGCCAUGAAAUCUGGAAGCGUAGUCCUGUCAAAAGAGAAGUGUCCAAAUCACAACUGCUAAUUAAGAGUUCCUAUAAUUUUGGGAAGCUUGAAUUGUCUUGCAAACUCAAGUAUGUGGCCAUGAAAAUACUCAUGCAAAGUCUUGCAAUAUUGCAGAAAUAGAAAAAUGAUGGGGAAAAGCAAGUUUAUUCAGUGGCCCAGACUCAGUUUACAAGUAAUAUUGUAGCCUCCAAUAGUUAUGAAGCUGAAACUCAGAGUUCAGGAAGCACGUUGUGGUUGUAACUGGCUUCUCUUAAGUGCUCAGGUGAGACAGAUGUGGUACUGGUUUUUAUGCAGAGAAGCAACAUAAAAUGUAAAGCAAAGGGAGUUGCUAGGAGGCUGAUAUAAGAAGUUUCAGCCAAGCAAUUGUAAAAGCCAGAGUGUGAAUGAAAUAAUGAACUCUCAUAAAAAUGGAUAUUGACUGCAGAAACGAGGCUCUCUUUCUGUCUGGUGCAGUAAAUCGAUUAGAGCAUGAAGUAUGAGGUGAAAAUGACCACAAUGAGUCACUAGUUUAAACAUAUGCACAAUCUCCUUUAAAGAGAGGUUUCCCUGACACGUUUAUUUAGACUAUUGUCCCGAAUUUCUAGAUAACUAGAGAAACUGAAGAGAAAAUGCUCUUUGUAACAUAAUUUUUAUAUAAAUGUGAUGUUUGCUGCUACAUAAAUCCUUAGAGGAUAAUAGUGCAGGAGAUGAGAGCUCCAUGGAUCCUUUGCUCAGAAUUCCCCCUGGCAUGGAGAAAUGCAGCUUUUUUUUCCCCCAUACUAAGAGUGAUGGUUACUUGUCAUGGAGGUGCCUUCAGCCUGCUUAAUAGUCAGGAAGGUAAAGCUAUUGGAAGCACAGCAAGACUGAAAGCUGAGCAAUUUUCUUAUAGCCAGGCAAAUAGUAGAAAUAAUCUGAUUUAAAGUCAGUUUUGAAUUGUCUCCUUAUGUUGCUUUCAGGGAGAAGCAGCUUCAGAAGUGGCUGAGGUGAAACCCCUUUCUAGCUUGCAUGCGAAUAACAUUGCCCAGGGUAUUGCUAUGAGGGCUUCAAUUGAAGCACAGUAUCAAUUUAGACAACAGCACCUCUUAUCACAGCAGAGCACUGUUAUCACCUCUUUUCACAUUAAAGUGGCUUCCAGAACCUGACAGAUAGGACGAUGAGCGCUGACUGGAGCCCACUGCCCUACAGGGUGUGCUGCUGGCGGUGAAGAAAGUGAGGCUGGGAGCCAGGCUCCUGCUUUGCAGUUGUGAAACAUCCAUUGUGACAAAGUGUGGCUUGGGUGGGAGUGAAUUAAAAUGUAUGAAUCGAGUCAUGGCCCUCUGACUGAAUCACAGGCAGCUUUCAUUAAAGGAACAAAUGCAGCGAAUCUACCCCAGAUUGAGUAGUGCCAUGCACAGCAGUUGUAGGCAUCACUAAAACAACUGCAGGCAUCUCUACUAUGUGGGAAUGCAAUGCCUGGCAAGCACUGAGACAAGUAUUUGGGCCAUAUCUUGCAACUGUUAUCUGCUCUUGUUCAUUAGAAGCUUCACGGAACAGGUGUGAUUACGUUAGUAUAAACAUGAUUCAGUUGCAGACAGCCUGUUGCAUGUGCAGGCACUGUGCUCUUCCUUGAUUUCAUUCAUCUCAGCUGGAAACGUGUCUGAGAAAGGCAGAAUGCACUGGUAAGGGAUGCUAAUGUAGGAAAGCAUCACUAAGAUUUCAGGACAAGGAGAAUGCUUGCAGAGAAAGAGAGGAGCUGAAUUUGGUUGGUGUGACAGCUAGUCUUAAAAACAGUGUCCUGAUUCUCUAGGAAUCGUUAAACAAGUGAAAUCUGGAGGAGGUGAAACGUGGAUGUUGGUGGACGUUAGCUGAACUUCUUUUUCACUGAGAGUGUAUCAGUUUGUUUAGUAAAACAGAGUACACUCAAGCUGCUCUAUCUGCCACAGCUGUGAAGGCAGAAAAUUAUUAAAACAUCAAGAAAUUACUCUGUGUUUUCCAUAUGAAAAGAAAAAAAAAUUUUUUUUUUUUAUAAGGUAACCUGUCAAUUUCACAGCCAAACAUCCGAAUUUUCCAGAAAUGCUCUCAGUUUCCUCAGACAGAGAUUGCCACGAUCACAGAAACCAGGAGCUUUCUGUGCGCUGCAGCUCACAUGAGAAUGGGGCAUGAGUUUGAAGGGAGAGCCCCCAUCAAAUCAUGCUUCCUAGCAUGUGGGGAUCUUUAUUCCAUCUUCUGAAAGCCAGACCUUUCUUCUGUUGUUUGCUGAAACAAUUUUCCACUGGGAAUGUUGUUGCUGCUUUAUUCUGUUCCUCUACAUUUCCCCUUGCCCUGCUGCUCUAAUUGCCUCUGCUGACUCACUUUGCAAGCUGCUGCAGCUCAUUCACAUAAUUUAGGAACUUGUUAAGCUCUCACUUGCUACUUGCACUUUCAUUUGCACUACCUACUUGCUCCCACAGUGCUUGCUAGCCAAAGACCACAGCAGCUUGAACUUUUAUUUAAUUGGGUUUAGACUACUUUUUUUUUUUUUUUUUUUUUUUUUUCAAGGAAAAAUGCCUUUAGCUAACUGAAAAAUAAGUAAUGUGGUUAAAAACCUUCAUGUUUUGGCUAUGAAAAAAAAAUAAUAACCUUGCUUUUUAAUUUUCCAUUUAGCGUUACGUUUUACAUUUAACUUUACAUGUAUUUCUUGCUUGCAGUCACUGGCACCUAGUUCACUUUUGAUCUUAGUGCCAUUUGGCAAUUUUUAGAUGCUGCUGUCCUCUCUGAGCCCCUCGAAAGGGACUCGUAAAGCCCUGUUCCUGAAGGUUGCAGGGAACUUCAUGUACUGUUGUGGUUGGGUGAUAGAACCUGGCUUGAGAAAUAAUAGCUGGUGUUGUGCCAUUAUGUGCUUGUACUGAUGUUGUCCAGGUGUGUUGGCGUUACAGCUUGUGUCAGUUCUGUGCCAUGCUGGCUCUGCUGGUCCAAACAGCCUGUGCUACUCUUAUUUCCAGCUCGAGAAAAAUGGAAUUUUGUGAAGUCCCUUCACCACAAAUAAAACUGUCAAUAUUGCUGUAUAUCAUCUGAGACUGAAGCUGUAAUUUGUGAUAUGAAAACUAGAGUGUGCCCAGAAGUGAAAAUUAGUAAAUCACUCCACUGUAGCUAUAAAGAAAUGUGAUGAAUGAGGAAGUAAAGACAAAACUAUAAUCUCUUUUACUAUUGUAAAGCUCAAUUCAUUCUUAACAAAUGAAUGGGGAGAUGGAAAAUUAAGAUCAAGCUGCACUGUAAAUAACGAUGCCGACUUUUAUACUUUUUUUUUCUCUAUUUCCUGACUAGACUGGAGGCAUCUAUAAAUAUUUUAGAAAACAGAGCAGAGGAGGAGUUACUCUGUAGAAAGUUUUCCUUGUAAGAUCUUUUCUCAAAUGGAAUGAGCUCCACUGCCUCAGUGGCUGCAUUAUAAAAGUGUGUUAUGUAAUUCUCUGUAGAUACCAAUAGACAGAUGUAUUUAUGGGUUUUGGAAACUUCAUGUAAUUUAGGCAUAAAACUUGAAGUGUGUUUUGUAGUUCCUCAUUAAUAAUAGUUGAGAAUUAUGCUCAUCUAAGGCAGCACACAUGAAUUCUUAAUGUUCAGACAUUCAUUAUAUGCCUGUGAUGGUUAGAAGUUGCCAUAGGAAAAUAAAAGCCCAUGCUCCCAAAAGUUUUUAUCUCUCUCUCUAUAUAAAAUAUAUAGAUAUUCUUCUUAGCAAUAUGGAAAAUUGUGUUCAUUCUCUAACACUUCUUUCCUCUCUCCCUCCUUGUUCUUCCACUUUAUCUACCGAAGCAGUUCUGAGUGUUGGAAAAGUCAAAUCAGAAAUGAGACAAACAUUUUAUCGAUACAGUUUUCAUUGAGCAUGCUGUCACCUUAUAAUGGGAAAUGCUGAAGCCAUCUUUUUAUGGUGGUAGUAAAUCCAGAGAGUUUUUUGUAAUCACAGUUUAUUGAUCUUAAUGUUCCCUUGCAUCAUGUGCGAAGCUGGCUCUGGCACAGUUGCAGGUGGGCAGAUGAACACAGUGUGUGCACGUUGGCUUUAAGCCUUCAAAGCAGGUGAAAAGGCGAAAGUUUGCUUUUCUUACCUUCUUGCACAGGACAUAGUUUGUGUUGCAAAUCUGAACAGAAUAAAAAUGGCUAUAAUAUUUUAUGGGAUUUUUUAAUGUAUUUGAGAUUUCCUUAAGUGAGUGUAAAAGGAAAAAAAUCUUAGCUGAAAGUUAGGAGUGGGUGGAUCACAAAAGGUAAAUUUUCUUCUGGAGUCAUGGGAUGACAGGUCUUUUUUUAGGGGAAGAAAGAGAAGCACGAAAGUGAUGCCGCAUUCAGAACAGGCAGUUCAGCUGGGACACACACUUACUGCUCCUUGACCCAGAUAAAGUGCUUGUAUUGUAGAAGUGUUACAUGGAGAGCACAGAGGUAAGUUUUUCUGAAGUGAGAAUUUCCCAAAUUACAUCAUGGCUGUCUUUGAAGUCUCUUAUUCUGGGACUGGAAGCAGGGCUGAUGCAGCUUUGAACCCUGCAGAAUGCUGUGUGUGUUGUGGGAAUAGAUGUCUCAAAAUUCUUUCCCUUUGCACUGAGCAUUUUCAUCUUGAAUUUCCAAAGCUGACAUCUGGUAUGAAAGAGUUGGUGCUUACCUGGUAUUUCGUGGGUGUCAGAUGGAGGAUGGCUUCAGCUGAAAUUGUGGGAGUGAAAAGCCUCUGAGAAAAAAACAGACCUACAACGCUGUCACAGUGCUUUUAAUCUUGCAGAGUUUCACCUUAGAUGGUGUAAAAUGAGUCAAUAUUGAUGGCACUAAUAGAGACACUGGUGUGAAAACAGAUUGGGCUCUGUGGUGCUACAAACCAGUGAUUGUCAAUCAGUGGGCAUCACCCAAGCACUCUGUUAGGUAUGCAGCUCCAGUGGGCUGCUGCUGGACCUGGGAGGGGGUGGGUCUGUCUGUUUGUCUGCUUUGAGCAGCCCAAAGCUGUGUGGCGAGGAUCAAACCCAUCCCAAAGGGCAGCUGGGAUGUCCCUUCAGCACAUGGCUGGAGGAUGUCAUGGUGUGCUCAUGGUGUGCUGUUGUGCAUGUCAAGGUGGUUGCAGACCUACGUUAAAUAAUCUCUUUGGGUUUAUGAUUUGUAGGUUUCAACUAUGAUCUCGGUGAGAUUAGUUUGAGAAUGGUGUUGUAGGCAAGGAUAAGAAUCCCCACUUUGUGUCAUGGUGUGAAGGAAGUGCAGGAACUGUGGGACUGGAAGGGAAAGACAUGAAGAGUACUGAGAUGGGUUCCUGAAUGGGGGGGUGCCUGGGCUGUCUGUAUCAUGCAAUCCAAGGAACAUUUGCAUCAUACGCUUGCUAGAUCUAAUGUGGAAAGUGUCCUUGCAAAGUAAGAGACUGAAACCAAGUAAUCUCCCAAAGAGCAUGACCUAACAUAAAGUAAUAACUGACUGCUAUUUGGACGGGUGAUUUUCUGUGUUUUUUCUGCUUGCUUUUCAAGUCUUACUUUGUGUUUGAUUUUUUUUUUU